CUCACUUGCUCUUGCCCACCACCACCACCACCAUCGCCACCACGCUCCACUCCUCCCAUUGCACGUGCUGCGAUGAGACGCGCAGUAAUCCAAACCCUGCGCACGUUCCGUCGACCCUCACCACGAUCAGCACUCAAGAAGCUCCGUAUUGCUAGCCCUCAGCAUGCCGCGCAACUCCGGUUCCUAACCAACAAUCGCUCGCCCCAACCGCUCCAGUCUUCGAUGCGCCUCUCGCGCAAAUACUCCAUACCUGCCGCUGUCGGGAUUGGCGCGGCGGCAUUGUACUACGGAUACGAGCAGAGAUCACAGUCGCUAUCAGCAACAACAGCAGAUGUAUUGCCUGCCUCGAGCGCCUUGAGCAGCAGUCAGAGCAGGUCAUAUUCUACUUCGUCAACAGCUACGUCAGCGGCAGGCCCAGCAACAGCAGCCCUCGCACAGGACUCAGUCGUGCCAGAGGCAGUGCGAAAGGCACUUAUUGUGGAGCAAGGCCAGCUCUUCACUGCUCAGAUACCAGCGGACCAGCCCAUUAGCAAGGAGACAGACUUCUCAGGCCGGAAAGUAUUGGAGAUGCUCACACCGGAGCAAGCCUCCGCCAAACUCAGAACAAACGAGGAGAGCUAUCUAGUCGGUCGAGGGGAGGGUGUUGUUCGCUAUGAUGUUGUUCAGAUCCCCAGCAACGACCCGAUCGAGGACGAUCAUGUAGAAAAGAUUGUAGAGGUGCCAAAUACUACAGCUGCAGCACAGGGUGACAAGCCGAGCUCGGACUGGAUGUUCUGGGGAGUGUUUGAUGGUCACUCAGGCUGGACCACUUCCGCGAAACUACGGCAGACACUUGUUUCGUACGUCGCUCGCGAACUCAAUGCUACGUACAAGUCUGCAAUGCAAGAUGCGAAACUUACUGUUCCUGCGGCCGAUGCGAUCGAUGCCGCCAUCAAGAAGGGCUUCGUCAAGCUCGACCACGAAAUCACGCACGAAUCUGUCCAGAAAGUUCUCAAGGCUCAGUCGAAAGUGGUCGCUGCAGAGAUCCUUGCUCCAGCACUUUCCGGAUCAUGUGCUCUGUUGUCCUUUUACGACUCCAAGUCAAAAGAGCUUCGCGUGGCAUGCACAGGCGAUUCCCGGGCCGUUCUUGGUCGAAGAGGAAGCAGUGGAAAGUGGACAGCAACAGCACUAUCUGUUGACCAGACUGGUGGCACGCCAUCAGAAGAUGCACGACUGAGAGCCGAGCAUCCUGGCGAGCCAUAUGUAACCGCGAAUGGACGUAUUCUCGGAGGCCUCGAACCUAGUAGAGCUUUUGGAGACGCUGUUUACAAGUGGUCAGCUGAAACGCAGGAUAAGAUGAAGAGACAGUUUUUUGGUCGCUCUCCGAGUAAAUACUUGAAGACACCACCAUAUGUUACCGCUGAGCCAGUCGUGACGAGAACGAAGAUCGAGCCAGCGAACGGUGAUUUCGUGGUCAUGGCUACCGACGGACUGUGGGAAAUGCUCACCAAUGAAGAGGUGGUUGGGCUUGUGGGACAGUGGCUUGAGACACAAGCCUCUACUUCUGCGAAGACUCCAACAAAUGGCUGGCUGCAAUCGUGGUUCAGUAGUCAAAAGCAUUCACUGCCGAUCGAGCAUCACGACCAAGGAGAUGCCUCUGGCCAGCGCGCGCCCGUACGGCAACAACAGUGGGGAAUCCCAUCUGGUGAGCAGCGAUUUGUGGUCGAGGAUAAGAAUGCUGCUACACAUCUUGUGCGCAACGCGCUCGGUGGAAAAGACAAGGACAUGCUCUCUGCGCUUCUCACGUUGCCUGCACCUUACAGCAGACGAUAUCGUGACGAUUUGACUGUGCAAGUCAUCUUCUUCGGAGAGGGUCAGGGCAAUGGCAAGGUUGAACUCAACAAGGAGGCUUCAGCGACCGCCAACGGGUCCGCCGGCGUCAAGGCCAAGCUUUAGGAGGACACCGCCACGACUGGAUCAUGUGAUAACAGGCCACCAUGACGAAUGAAGUCGCAAUUUCCACAACGCGCCGGUUUUGUUGGCCAGCACUAUGGCACCUAUAUGGAGUACAGCUAGACUCACAACGCCGCCAAACCUCUGGCACGUUAGAUGGGUCACAUUCCUUCUGAUGAAGAGAAGAACCUGGACAGGCUCAUUGCGGAGUGGAUGUUGGACAGGCUCCAGGGGAUGAUACAUGCGGAUAGCAGGGCGCCAGGAGAACACCUGAGCACUCUGCUGCUAUGCAGAAAAGCAAGAGUCCCGCCUCCACAUAAUAUAGGGAUCAUUGAUCACCAUUCGAAGCAAUCCGUGUCCCAGAGAUUUCGGGUAUGCUGCAGAGGGAGGUACAACAGGAGUAUCGAGGCGCCCGAACUCGGGUAGAGGAUAUGGGAGAUGAGUUAUGAUUGUCGUUCGUGUAACAUUACUUACAGGCAAGCGAAAAACUCGCUUAGACACCGAGUUCUGUUUGAUAUUCGUUCUGUGCCUCA